AUGUCACUCAUUCACCGGGUCGGGAUGGUCAUCACCAUCGCGAUCGCCAUCAAGAGCGGGCGCAUACCAACCGCUCGAGCAAUGACGAUACCGGACCUUCACAUGCGGCAAGACGCAUCGGUCGCGGUCUCGGCAGCGGCAGCGGCAACAACUCCUGCCGGUAGCGCGGCGGUGGCAAGCGUAUCGGUCGAGCCUGCCGUGGCCUCGUCGGCUGUCGUAUCGUCUGUGGCGGCAGCCCCGGCCGCGUCCAGCGCGGUCCCCAGCAUCGCAGCUGCCUCCUCGGCGGUCACGCCCACCGCAACCUCCUCUUUAUCCGGCAGCGUCGCUGCGUCAUCUGCGUCGGGCAUGUCGUCCGGGUCCGCCGCUCUUUCUGUCUCGGGAUCCACCACCAUCUCCACAGCCUCCCUUCGGCCCCUCGCCACCACUCUCGCGGAAGAGCUCGAAUCGCCCCUCCCUAAACCCAACUAUGCGCCAGGCGGGAUGUCCUUCAUCCUCCCCGCCUUCGCCAUCAUCGCUCUGAUCUUCAUCAUCUGGCUCGUGGUCAAGACCAAAGAGUACAUUUGGAAGCUCAAAGAGGCGGAGGAGAAGGCCGACACCCAAAGUCCCGAUCCGGGCGCACUGUCGGGUCAUGUCCUGCCCAAGACUGGGGCCGCGCCGGCUCGGGCGACAACGGGGUUGGGUGGGAAGUGGAAGAAGAAGGGAUGGAAGGAGCUGGAGAGCGAGUCGGAGGACGAGAAGCCGUAUAGCCGGCAUGAAGGCAGGGAGCGGGACCCGUAUUCCCGAGUAGGGGAGUGGCAGGGAAGCCGCAAAUACCGCUCGAGGGAGAGAGGCGGGUCUCGGGAUGCAAGGCAUGGGGAGGGUCAUAGGGACGAGAGGGGGAGGUACGGUCGGCUCGACGUUCGUGACGAGGACUACGACCAUGAUCACGGGCGACCUCGGGAGCACCAUCACCGCGAGCGCCGCCCGAGCCGCCGAGAUCGGGAACGCGAGGUAGAAAGGUAUCGCGAACCCGCAACCCGCUCGCCGCACCCUGAGCGGGCACGCCCGACAUACGAGGCCGACCCCUCUCCUCCUCAUCGCAAACCCUCUGCCUCUGCUCCGACAGCGCCCCUCGCUCCAGCUCCGCCGCCACCGGCCCUCCCUCUCGAUAGGGGCGUAAGCAAGAAGGACAAGAAGGACCGCGCGGAAGAGUGGAUCAAGUCGGGCAAGGAGUACAACGAUACUCGACACCACAUGUCGGAGCGGCGCGAACUCGGUCGGGACCACGGGACCGGCGAUGCCAAGGGGAAAGGAAAAGUGCCGGACGCGUAUGAGGACGAGUACGCCGCGAGGUAUGCCGAGCAGCACAACUUCAGCUUGGCGCCUCCUGCGGCUGGUGAAGGGGGCAGGCUGCCGCCGUUGACGCAUCUGGCGGUGCAGAUGGGUCCGGCGGCCUACAAGGCGGCAGGAGCUGCUCCGGUGGAGGCGGCGAGGCCUGCGCCCGAAGCGAAUGCCCCACCCGCUCGGGAACCCCGGAGCCAGGCCAGUGCGGACAAGCACCAGGCAUCCACGGCUUCAUCCACCGCCAAACUCAUCCGAAGGGAGAGGAGCUCCCGCAAGCCCGCUCCGGCGUCCGCACCGAUCUCGGCCAAUCCCUCGGCCGAGUCCUCGUCCUCAGCACACGAGGACGUUCCCGCUUACAUGCGCGCCCGAGCCAUCUCACCCCCUCCUAUCCUCUCGGCCCCGCACCAUCCCACCCUCUUCUUUCACAAUGGGCCCUCCACGACCCAGCUCGUCCCUCUCGCGACAUACGACAGUGGGACGGACCUGGAGUCAAUGUACAGCGCCCGGCCGAGUCCUAUGCCGGAUACCGAGCCGUCCAGGAUGCCCGAUGUACCGAGUACAGCCGACAAGCUGGAGCAGACUCCUGCCGGACCUCCACGCACCGUCCGCAAUCCUCAAACAUCCGAUAGCUCCCGGCUAGUCGCGCGGACUCCGACGAGGACAAAGAGCCACGAUCCGUCCGUACCGCCCGAUAGUCCCAGUGCGGGCGGGAGUCGGACUGCGGCUCUUCGGACACCCGUCAGGCGGGGCACGGACGGCGGGAAGACCACCGGCCGUGCCACGCCCACUAUCCGGCUGAUCGAGUCCCGCGGUAGCUCAAUCAAGCGCGGCGGCGAGACGCCUGAUCUGAGCAAGACGUCCGGUCUUACCCCGAAGAAACACUCCAAGCGGCUCGCGCCUGCGCCCACGCCGUCUUCUACCCCGGAAUCGACCAGGCGGGUCAGGGCGCAAAGAAAGGAAUUGAAGGCGAGGGGCAAGGUGGAUGAGAUUCUGAGGGAUAGUUGGAGUGAGCGGGCGGUCGUGAACCCUGCUGGGCCGGUGGAGGAUGACGACGAUGAGGAGGAAGUGGAGGUGGAGGUUGAAGAGAGGGAGGUCGAGGUGGAGGAAAGGGCGAAACCGGCCGUCAAGGCCGUUCCGGUGCCCAGGGAUGAGGUGGAGCUGGCGCACGCUCGAUCGAGAGCUACUUCACCUACGCCAACUCCGGUCAAGCCUAUGUCGGCUCGGCCCAUCUCGCCCCCACCGGCCACAACGGCGUCCCCUUCGGCCGCCCGACCUCUCAGCCCGCGCAAGACCCACGUCUCGACCAUCCCUAAUGUGGACAGCGAGGAUAUCAACAAACUACAGGGAAUCGAGCAGAGGAUGGCAUUGAUGAAGCAGCUGGAGGAGAGGGUGAAGCGAUGA